UUCUCUCUUUCUCAUUCUUUCUCACACACAAAACUAUAACAAUACACAUAAAUCAGUCUAGUCUCAAAGGGAAAAGAAGAACAAAAAAUUUUUUGAAGAGAGACAACACAAAUCACACAAAAGAUCAAAUUUAAGUCAAAGAAGAAGGCAAAAGUGAGAAGCAAUAUGGCUGCAAUGUCAAAGGUCUCUCUAGUAUUCUCAUUGUUAGGGUUUCUGGUGAUCGCAGUCAUGACUCCAUCGGCGAACGCUUUAAGGAAGUCACUCGUUCUAGGAGGGAAGUCAGAUGUUGCAAACGUUAAGGCCAACAGGGAAAUUCAAGAACUUGGAAGGUAUUGCGUGGAGCAAUUCAAUCAAAGGGGUCAGAGCGAGGAGGGAAACGUAGAAUCCAUUGCAAAAACAGAUACAGACAUGUCGAAUCCAUUGAGGUUUAGCCGAGUUGUGUCGGCUCAGAAACAGGUCGUGGCUGGGACCAAAUACUAUCUAAGGAUCGAAGUGACUCAACCCAAUGGCUCCACCAGGAUGUUUGACUCCGUUGUGGUUAUUCAGCCAUGGCUUCAUUCUAAGCAGUUGCUCGGUUUCACUCCUGUUGUUAGUCCUAUCUACUAACUUCAUUUCAUAUUCGACUUAAGUCAUAACACAAAUUUCCAUAAUAUGAUCAAGAAAAGACAAAAAGGUGUAUGAUGUGAAGCUAUUAACAAUGGUUGAUAGUUGGUUGUAAUGAUGUUUAUGUUGUUAAUAAAUAAAAACAAGAUGUUUUGAAGAUAU